AUGGCCGGGUCUGCGGGGCCCCUGAGGGCCGCCGGGCGGAGACGGGCCCAGGCGGCGGCUGAGGCGACGGCGGCUGAGGCGGCCACGCCCGCUUCGAGUUCCCCCCGGCCUGCGCUGCUCGACGGCGCGCAGCCCCUGAAGGAGGCGGCGGCGGCAGGUGGGUAACGGGGCCCCGGGGCCUGGCCGGGCCGCGAGGGGCGGGACUGCGCUUCCCGGCAUGCCCCGCGCCGGGGCCGCCUCGGCGGGCGCCGUCCUUGGGGCCGCGGGGCAUCAUGGGAAGCCGAGUCUUUCGGAGGCCCGGCCUGGGGAGGGGAGGGCGGGGCGGGAAGUGGAGUGGGAGGCCCGUCUCCUUCGCCGGAGCUUCCGGGCCCCCCCAUCUCGGGGGCGGGGCGAGCGCUUCUCUGGGUCUUCGGCCUCAUCCUCUGUCCUCCCGCGGAGCCGAGCCGCCUUCCGCCCCCGAGGCCGAAGCACCCGAAGCUCAUCGGGGGGCCUGGCCGGUCUUCUGAGUCCUGCACCGCGGGGGGUUGGACUAGAUGACUCGGGGGGUCCCCUGCAACUCCCCCCUCCCUCUGUGUAUCCUCUUUCCCCUCCCAGCCAGGCGUGACUUCAGGACUAGUGGUUGCCUCUCACCCAGGCUAUGCGUGAGCCUCCACGGGGAGAGCAAAGUAAAUGCUCGCUAGCACCCGAGAACGUUUCUCGUAAUCACAUUUCCCUUAGAAAAUCAAAACACCAAGGACCCCACAAAAUCUCCAGGAGGAUUCUUUGGACACAUUUCUAGGUUCAGCAUUUGAUCGUGUAACUUUUCUCUCUCCUCUUUUAAUGCUGUCACAUCCCCCUGCACCACAUCCACUUUCUUCUUAACCUCACGGUUCCCAGAUAAUUUCCCAGCUGCCUCCUCCACAGAGACUGUUAUUUUAGUUAACGUAGAUCUGGAGGCCAAGUGCAACUGACUGCAUGGAAUUAUGUUUGGGUGGCAUUUUGGGAGUUGAGGUCAAGAUGGGAGAUGUCAAGGCUUGGAUAUCACAAAACUCUCCCCUUUUCCACUGAAGUAUUUCACAGGUGCUGACUAGAGCUGGGGGGGGGGGUGUCAUCUGCAUCCCUGUAUGAGUCACUGCCUUGCUGGUCUUCCAGAGCCAGUGCCGGCCUUCUUCCUUGUUUGCUUUUUUGAUAUGCUUUGAGUAUAGUGUCCCCUUGUGGGUGGGCAGCAGCAGAGCCCAACGUCUUCUGAGGUGUCAAUUAAGAGGCCCUUCUCUCUCUGUCACUGCCAGGAAGUUCCAACCUUGAAGCGGUAAUACUGAGAAUUUAG